AUGGAUUUACAAGCGAUUAUUGCUCUUUUGGUUGAAGAUCGAGGUAUUAAUGUUGCAAUAAUUGAAAAUGUUGCUUUAGAUUUAGCAGAACCCCUAAACAUUAUUGGCAAUGAGGUAAGGGAACGAAAUGCUAUUCCUCGAAAUUUAAAUUAUUAUGAGGAAACAAUCCCUCAAUAUGUGGGGGAUCUGUUCGUUCAGCACUUUAGGAUGUCGCGAGAAUGUUUUGAAGAAUUAAGUACUGUAAUUGGAAAUAAUCAACGACUACAAAACUCGAUAAUACCAAUGCAAAAGAAGAUACUGUUUACUUUGUGGGUGUUGGCCAAACCAGAAUCAUUCUUGGCAGCAGGAGAUCGAUUCGGAUUGGCUAGAAGUACUGCACAUGGUAUUUUUAAAGAUGUUGUUGCAGUCUUUGUAGAGUUGCUAAAUAGAUAUAUAACGUGGCCAAAUAAUCAUGAUACGGCAAUUAGGGCAUUUCAUGACAAGUCAGGUGGAUUCCCUGGAGUUAUUGGGGCUAUUGAUGGUUGCCACAUUCAAAUGAAACAACCAACUGCAAACGCUAACGAUUACUAUAAUCGUAAACAAGUGCAUUCUGUAAUUCUUCAGGGAAUAUGUAAUAAUAAAAAACUAUUUAUGGACAUAUAUGUGGGUAUGCCUGGCAGAGUGCACGAUGCACGUGUUCUGCGUACCAGUCCAGUAUAUGGUCGUCUGGUAAAUAACAACAACACAAUAAUGCCACAAAAUUGCCAUAUUCUUGGAGAUUCGGCUUACCCCCUAAUGGAAAAUCUCUUAACACCUUUUCGGGACAAUGGGCACUUAAACGAAGACCAAAUACGUUACAAUGUUAAAUUGUCAACGAUAAGAGCAGUUAUCGAAAGGGCCUUCGGUCAAUUAAAGGGAAAGUUCAGGCGUCUGAAAUAUUUAGACAUUGCAGAACCUGACUUCGCAACAGAAAUUAUUACUGCUGCUUGUGUUUUGCACAACUUUACCCUUAUGUGGGGAGAAGAAAUGCACGACAAUGAAGCAAUUAUAGAAGGAGAAAAUAAUCACCAAGAAGCCGAUGAUAACGAUGUUGUCGCCGACCAUCAAAAUGGCGUAGAAAAACGCAAUUUUAUUGUAAAUAUUUCACGACAUUAG